GGUCGGUGCACCACUCUAUCUAAGCUGAUGCUCUCUGACCGUUCCACCGUGACCACGUUGACCGCGGAUGGUUUGCAUCUCGGGUGUUUGGCGGGAAGCCUGGCUGCAACUCCGCUUGGCACUGCCAGUGUGUGGUGCCAACCUUUUGCAGCGCAUAUCGACCUGGGUGACCUGGAUUGUGGUGGGACGCUUGGGGAAGGAUAUCUUAGGGCCGGUGACCCUGUCGAGCAGCGUGAACAACGUGCUCGGCACCUCUGUGGUGGGCGGUCUGAGCGUCGGAGUGUCCACCUUGGCCUCCCAGGCCUAUGGAGCUGGCAAUGACCUGGCCAUGGCCUUGGUACUUCAAAGGGCGAUCAUGGUUACCCUUCUGGGCUCGAUCCCUUGCGUGAUCCUUUUGGCAUUGAUCAGGCCGAUCCUAGAGAUGCUGGGCAUGGAGCCACACUUUUGCAGCGUGGCCGGCGGCUACGCGCUGACGGUUCUUCUGGUGACGCCCUUCAUGGGUUUGCAGCGGUCGAUUGGCACCUGGCUGGUGGCGCAGAAGAACAACCAUCCCAGGAUGAUUGUGAUUCUGAUUGCCUUGCCUGCUCACACGGCGCUGACGGUGUCCCUGACCGGCCGCUGGAGCUACUUGGGCGCGGGCGUCGCCAUGACGCUGAGCACCGGCAUGCAGGCGAUCCUGAUCUAUCUCUACAUCUCCUUCUCUUCGACCUGCUCAAGGACCUGGCGCGGGUUCAGCUGCGAAGCCUUCAAAGACUGGGGGCCUUUCUUGGAGAUCGCUCUGCCAGGGGUUUGGAUGAACACGGAGUAUUUUGUGGGAGAAUCCUUGACGCUGGCGGCGAGCAUGCUGCCGGAUCCUGACACGUGCUUGUCCGCCUUGUCCAUCUACCAGCUCACUCAGACGACCUGCUAUCAGAUCCCCAGUGGCCUACGCAUGGUCAUCAGCUCACGCCUCGGGAACCAACUGGGCGCCAACCAGCCGGAGGAGGCCGCGUUGGGCGAACGUGCCGGGCUCCGGCUGGUCCUGUUGUGGUUGACCAUUCCAGCAGUGCUACUGCUGGUCUUCACCCGGCAGUGGGGAUUGCUCUUCACCCAGAACGAGGCCGUGCUACACUUGCUGGACACCUUGGUUUGGCUUCUGCUCAUGUACAGCAGCCUGGACGCCCUCCAGGCCUACAACAACGGGACCUUGGCCUCGUGCGGGCAGCAGCAGAUCAGCGGCCGCUGGGCGCUCCGAGCCUAUCUGGGCGUCAGUCUCCCCGUGGGGCUGCUUUUGGCCUUUGCUUUUCGCUGGGGUGUGGUGGGUCUAUGUGCUGGGCACUGUCUGGGCAAACUCUGCCACGUUGUCCCCUGCUGGCGUGCGCUGAAGCGCAUCGACUGGGAGGCGGAAGCCAAGCGGGCAGCGGAGCGUGUGGAGCAUGUUCGGCCCAUGAGUGUGGCGCUUGUACGCUGAGCAUUUUCAGGGGCCUUCCGGACGUCCCCAACAAGGGACGACCAGUCCCUCUGGUCCUGAACCGUGCUUCCGUGCGCGGAAAGAAGGGGCUUUCGGUGCGGUGAUCGGAU